CUGCACUCACAAACAAUCUCGAUACCCUAGACUUUACAAAAUCACCUCAACUCACUGAGCAUCCAUCACGCAAGCAAUGUCUUCGUCCAUGCCCUCCCAGCCCCCCAAGGCGGAAGCCUACACCACGGCUUCGAACCCAACAACCCGCAACCCCGCCGAGAACGCCGCGGCCUCUUCUCACGUCCAGCAAGACGAGACCACGGCGCGUGACGUUGCGCAAGGCCGCACACCCUUCCCGCGCUCGCAGGCCCGGUCCGCCGACGACGCGGUGCCGAGCUCGCUGGGCGCCGGCGUGCGCUCCUCGGGCCCCGCGGACGCAACGGAGCGCGAGAACACGGCGUACGUCUCCAAAGACGCGCCUCACGACGGGCCGGAGAACCCCAACGUCGAAGCGGAGCAGAUGGAGACGCUCGCCGAAGGCAAGGUCGCGGACGCGGUCGAGAGGAAGAACGGGACGCAGACGGCGCCGGGACAGGAGAUUCACGACGACGAUUUUGCGAGCGGGCUUGAGACAAAGAAAAAGGAGCAGCAGGAGGCGAGGGAUGCAAUCAAGGAGGCACGCAGCGCGGGUGUGGAUGUGGAUGGCGGGUUCGGGCAGAGAUCGUGGAGAGAGGUUAACCGGGAUGUUUGAGAGUGACGAUGUCGACCCAGAUUUUUUUCAUCUAUGCGAUCGAUAGACGGAUUGUUUUUUUAGCGAGAUAACCUUGGUGAGAAUGUACUGAGUUUUUC